AUGCAAGGGGUCAAGACACAAAGUUCUCCUGUGAACACUGGGCUUCGAUUAUCUAGUUUUGGAAGUGAACCUGUAGCUGAUGCCACUGCCUAUCAAUCCUUGGUUGGUGCAUUACAAUAUGCUACCAUAACUAGGCCAAAUAUAGCAUUUAGUGUCAACAAAGUGUGCCAAUUUAUGCAAUCUCCAUUGCAAUAUCAUCCUGUGGCUGUCAAACGCAUCUUAAGAUACUUGGCUGACACACUUGACAAUGGCUUACAUCUGAAACGCCCAACAUCUAUGGAUAUUGAAGAAUUUUAUGAUGCCGUUUGGGCAGCUAAUCCUGAUGAUAGGCGAUCAACAAUAGGUUAUUGCAUUUUCUUAGGUGGAAAUCUAAUUGGAUGGCAAUCUAAAAAGCAACAAACUAUCUCCAGGUCUUCGACUGAGGCUGAGUAUCGUGGCCUUGCAACUGUGGUUACUGAAGUUAAUUGGCGUCAAUCCUUUCUAUCUGAAUUGAAACAAACUCCAGCUACUACCCUUAAGGAUGAUCAAGGCGAUUGUGCCAUUGGUAUUGGUCUUUUUGUACAUUACAAGAAAUUGAAAGAUGAGGAGCAAAGCUGA